GCUUCUCGAGUCUUGAAGCAUUGACUUUCAGAUCAUCUUUCUUGGAGUUGCUGUGGAUGUGUGGAUGAGCCUGUGGCCUGGCCCAUCUUUCAGCCUGCUCCUAACACGACUUCUUGCAUACCAUUCUGCGUACCACAUACGUGAUAGCAUUGAUCUCUCCAGCAAGAAUACUGACUAUCCGUUAGUGUUCAGUGUGUAUGCCUUGUGUGGAUGCUCAAAGACCACCAAAAACACUCCAAACUCCAAUCAAGCAUUGGAUCCAUGAAGAGGAAAGAAAGGCCUUUGUUGUGAAUCAUUUGCUCUCUGCUCUGAUUUAAAAAAAGUAUUGUUACAAGAAGCAAAAUGAGCUCGGUUUGAACUUCCUUGCUGACUGAUACUCAAUCAAAACGCAAACCUAAAAGAACAUGGCUCCAACUUCCUCAUCUCACCGUUAUGUGAAUCACGGGUCAGGAGGAGGAGGAGCCGCUUCUGGAGCGGGCAGUGCCAUUGCGGGUCAGACGCGCAGCGCCUCUUCCAAACCCAGACGAAGACGGCGCGACCAAAGUGAAGUCUCGUGUUGUCUGAAAUAUGUCAUCUUUGGUUUUAAUGUCAUCUUCUGGCUGAUCGGACUCAGUAUUCUUGGAAUCGGCGUUUGGGCGUGGACCGAGAAGAACACCUUGGAGAGCAUAUCCAUGCUGACCAAUAUCACAUUAGAUCCCGCAUUCAUUUUUAUUUGGGCCGGUGCCAUUACCUUUGUUAUUGGUUUCACGGGCUGCGUGGGUGCCCUCAGAGAGAAUACAACCCUUCUGGCGGCUUACGCCAUCUUCCUUGCCAUUUUACUUCUACUGGAGAUGACCGCCGGUAUCUUGGGAUUCAUUUUCAAGGACUGGAUCAAAGACCAAGCCACCAAUGGAUUUCAAGCCUUCAUCGUUCACUACAGAGACGAUCCGGACCAACAGAAUCUUAUCGAUUGGAUCCAAGAAGGAUGGCUUCAAUGUUGUGGGAUUGAAGGACCCCAAGAUUGGGACCGGAACAUCUACUUUAAUUGCUCUUCCGCCUCUGUGGGCUCUCGUGAGGCGUGCGGGGUGCCUUUCUCAUGCUGCAAACCUCAACCCGACGAGAUUAUUAAAAACGUUCAGUGUGGCUACGAUGUCAGAAAACCCGAAUACCCGGGUGAUUACACUGGGGUCAUCUACGACCGCGGUUGUCUGCAAGCCGGUGAAAAGUGGGUGGAAUCUAAUCUUGUACCAGUGGCAGGCGUGGCCGUAGCCCUCGCAGUAUUACAGCCCGGUGAUUUGAACACAGUGAUCAACGAAAAAGGCUGCAUUCAAGCACUUGAAGAGUGGCUGGAGGUGAACCUGGUGGUCGUGGCCGGUGUCGCCGUUUGCGUAGCUUUUAUGCAGAUCUUGGGCAUCUGUUUUGCCCAGAAUCUUCGAGCAGACAUCUUUGCUCAAAUGGCCAAAUGGCACUACCAUUGACAUCAGAGGGCUCCCAUCACCUACGUCUGACAAACCAAUCUUGUACCAUUUACAUUCCUGCUUUGACACAUGAAGAAGACGAAGCAAACCCAAACCCAACCAGAAUCUAACCUGAUAAUUGACAAAAUCUCCAUAAUUUGUGCAUAAUGCUCAUCAUUUAAAAACCGUUCUAAGUUGUCUUUCACGUGUUCACCUCGUUUCAAAUCAUUAUUGCCACUACCAC